AUGGAAACUUGCCUCUGCAGCGCAAUCCAUACCCUGGCUAAGGAGUACGACGAGGUCCAGGCCAAAGAACUGAUCCCUGCACUGAACCGCCACCUGAAAGAUCUGCGACAUUUCCUAGCGCAGGCUAAAUCGCUCAGUCGCUCAACUCGGUUGACCUCACCUCUGUCAAUUAACUAUAGGCUUGACCAAGAUGUCGAUGGUUUCUGGGCAGGCUCGGAUGAUCGUGUUCAUCUAGAAUUGCGUCGACGGCUUGCCUGUGUGGUUAUAUUUCUCCGCUCCAAAUUGGACGCUCAGGAAUUGGCGUCUCCUCAAGUGGCUGAGGUAUUCCCUGGACUGCAGAACUUCGCAGACAUACGUAAAUGUGGUAGGAAAGUGUUCGCCUGCCACAAAGACGAUGGAGAAGUCGAGCAGAGUGGUGCUGCUAAAUGUGGACUACCUGUUGACCUUGUUGAUCUUCUAUGUGACGAGACAAAGCUCUCUGAGAUUAUAGCGGGCCCAUGGAUUACCAAUCGUGUCCAAGAAGACAAUUCCAUAUCUUGGUCAUUGUGUCCUGAGCUCAUGUCAACUUUCGCCGAUAUCUUACUUGCCCCAACAAUAGAAGAGCUUGAAACUACAGCCAUGAAGCUCCUCUGUUUUGUAACUCCGCUAUGCUACGAGGGAAACACUGACUGGUCACCAUCAUUGAAAGAAACGGUAUGGCCAAUAUUUGAGCGGUUAUUGAAAACGUACAAGAUACCAGUGUCGUUUAGGACCCAAGUCAUCGAAGUCGUUCUGUACUUUGGAGAGAGAGACUCGGUUGCUAUCCGCCUCGUCGCCGUCAAGCAGGCCAAGAUCUUGUUACGAAAGACAAUGCCUUACUAUCUUCACGCUUUGGUUGUACUCUUUCGUAGCAUACUCUUCCGAGUUGAUGCAGAUCUUGCCAAGUCAGAAGCCCACAUACGCGAUUUUAUGUGGCAUGGGCCACGCCCAGUAACUCGUCGGGAUCAUGCACUUGAGGGUCGCAUUCAUAUUUCGCAGAUGGAGAACGAGAUCAAGUGCUACGACAACGACGUGCCGUCAUGUGCCUACAAGUGGGAAGCGGGGCAACCACUGUCAACUCUAGAUAUGGAAGUUACUUUCCGACUCCAAAGUACAGCCGCACGAUACUUCCAAUCCAUUGGUGAUUUCGGUGCAGCCAAGUCUUCACUAGAGCAGUUUUUAUCACUAGACUUGAUAAAUCCUAUACGUGCGAACUCAUGUCGCGUCUUGGUGGGUAGAUUGGGUGAUGUGUACUGCGAAGCCGGAGAGUACCUCAAGGCCGUUGAGAUACUCAAGCCAGAACUUGAUCGUAUUGACAAGUGCGACCGCAUGCGUCGUGGAUUUCGAAGACUUGUGCUAGCUUCGGUGGAGGCCAAUAUCGGAUCGACAAGAUUAGACACAGCUGAGUCGAUACUCCAGGGUUUUUUGGGUGACCUGCCUAAUGGGCCAGACGAUCUUCACGACCAGCAGCUACACAUGCGGAUACUACUGGCACCAGCACGCAUAGCCCGUCUGAGAGCAGACCCUGUUGAAGCCGUGCUACGUUGGAGAUUUGCUCUUGAACAAGUUAAUAACAUGCACACUCUCGGGUCAAGUGGUGGAUUUAUAGCCGCAGUGAUCCACUUGUCUUUAGCACACGCGCAGCUUUCCCUAGGGGACAAGGAUGGCAGCCAUCACUCAUGGACAACUGGAUUGAAAAUUUUGACUAACGAAAAAUGCGAAUUUUGGAUCCCAGUUGUGCCUACUACAUGGCUCCAGAAGGUAGCUGCCGACAUAUACUACUCACAAGGCUGGCCGUUUCGUAUGAUGCUACCUGGUGGGGAGCCAGAUGUGACACAGCAUUAUUUCUAG